AUGGCUGCGCUCCCGGCAUUUCAACGAAAGAGAAUCCUCCAGCAUUGCGUGGAAAGGUUCCGAGACAGAGCUGAGGAGCUGGCCUACUGUCUGUGUGUGGAGGCUGGUAAACCUAUUGUGGAUUCUCGCCUGGAGGUCUUGCGCCUCAUCGACACCUUCUCAAUUGCCGCUGAGGAGACUACCCGCAUGUCCGGCGAGUGGAGUAGCAUGGAGACAUCCGAGAGAUAUCGGGGCCUCCAGCAAAUCUAUAAGCGGGUCCCCAAAGGCGCCGUGUCCAUGAUUACGCCAUUUAAUUUCCCUCUCAACCUCGCCGCUCAUAAGAUAGCUCCUGCGAUUGCUGUUGGGUGUCCAUUUGUACUGAAGCCGGCCAGUGCCACUCCGUUGGGCUCAUUGAUAAUAGGCGAGGUUCUUGCUGAGUGCUCGGACCUUCCCAAAGAGGCCUUCUCUAUAAUACCCUGCUCGAGGCAAGAUGGAGAUCCUCUUACGACUGACGACCGAUUCAAGUUGCUCUCGUUUACUGGCAGUCCAAGUGUUGGAUGGGAUAUGAAGUCGAGGGCUGGAAAGAAAGGGGUAGUGCUUGAGCUUGGCGGUAAUGCUGCUGGUAUAGUAGACUGUAUACCACAUGAAGGGCUAGA